AAUGGAAAAUCCCAGAUCUGGCUUUCUUGUCACUCUCCUUAUGGGAUCAUUUGGUUAACUGAAGUUUGGAAGUUUAAUGUAGUUGAUUCUGUCACUCUUUUUCUUUUCUGGUUUGUGCUUUUUGCAUCUUAUUUCAGAAGUCUGUGUCUACUCGGAGGUCGUAAAUACCCUCUCCUGUUCUAGUUCCUGAAGGUUUGCCCGUGCGCUUUUCACACUCCCCAGCUUUGUUCCCCCUGGACUUGGAGCUGACAUCCUGCUUCCUGUCUCUACGAAUCUGACCGCUCUAGGGACCUCAUAUAAAUGUGCAGUAUGUGUCCUUUUGUGACCGGCUUAUUUCAUUUAGCCUGUUGUCCUCAAGGUUCAUCCAUGUUGUUGCGUGUGUCAGAGUUGCCUCUCUUUUCAAGGCUGAAUAAUAUUCCAUUGUGUGAAUGGGCCCGAUUUAGUUUAUACUUCCUCUGUUGAUGAACACUUGGGUCGUUUCCGUCUUUUGGCUGUUGUGAAUAUUGCUGGUGGGAAUGUAGGUAUACAAAUACCUGUUUGAGUUUCUUCUUUCAAUUCUUUUGGGUGUGUACCCAGAGGUGGCAUUGCUGGCUCAUAUGACGUUUCUAUGUGUUUUUAAUUUUUUGAGGAAUGACCAUGCUGUUUUCCGUAGUGGCCACACUGUUUUUCAUUCCCACCAACAGUGCCCAAAGGUUUCAGUUUCUUCACAUCCUUGCCAACACUUGCUAUUCCCUGGUUUUUUGUAUUUUUGUUUUGGUAGUAGUUAUCCUAGUGGAUGUGAGGUGGUGUCUCAUUCGGUUUGAGUUGCAUGUCCCUGAUGAUUAAAGAUGUCUCUGUGCGUGUGUCCUCGGCUGUGUGACUCUCCAGUUCAGACCUACCGUGAGAUGCCGUUGGGGGGCUUUUGAUUUUAUCCAUUGUGCUUUCCUGCAAUCCCAUAAUUUCCAGUUGGUCCCUUUCUGUAGUUCUUUCUUGUCAUUGAUCUCUUCUCCUGAAUGAGACUCUGUCAGACCUCCUCCACCUCCUGAGGGAUGGUGUCUUCAGUCCCUCAGACACACUCACACGUGUGGCUACUUUGCUGACUCAGCGUGGUGUCUGGGAGCCCUCAGAGGCAGGUCUGCAGACUGCUUUAGCCCUGUGUAUCACUUUCCUGUUUCUUUGUCUGUCUGGGCAUUUUGUGGACACCUGGACAGUUGAGGCUCCAGGUACUGGGCCCUCCUCCUCUGUGGCUUGUUUUUGUUUGCUUGUUUCUCUCUUUUCAGUGAGUUCGCUGGAUUGUUGAGGGGAAGUUUGUUUGUACCUGAAGAUGAACCUCUGACGGUCCUCAGAGGGUCUGCACAGCCUCUCUGGGGUGACAGGCGCUAGCUGGGCUCUGUCAGGACCUUGCCUGGUGCUAGGCCCCACUCACUGCGGGCCGGUUGCUCUGUUGCUCUGACAGCGCCUGAGGUGUGCACUGUUCCAUGCCUCGAUCCGGUUAAACCUGGGCCCCUUUGCAGAGGCAGUUUUUGAGGCAAAUUUGUGGUUUGCUCUGACCCUAGAAGGAUUGUGCUUCGGUACGUCUUUCCUGGCUCUCUGAUAAACCAGCUGGCUCCCGGUUUAGCUUGUUGCUGGGAUGGGCCUUCCAGCCUCCUCUUAACUGCUCACCACUGAAACCCCCAUUGUUUUCAGGGCACUUGAACUUCCCACAGUCUGUUUCAAAUACCAUCAGCUCCUUCAGAUGGAGUUUGGAGUUCUCUGCUCUUAUGGUUUACCUGCUGCCCUGGCCUUGCUCCAGCGCUGGGGCUGGGGACAGUGACUCCCUGCUGUUGGAGUGACAUCCCUGCUUAUGAGCAGACUCUGGCUGGGACUGUAGCCUCCGGUUUUCUGGACUUCUCUCCCAGCCUAGACCCUCGCCCUGCGAGUGGGCCAGGGCCGGGGUGGUCAGGGCCCUGGUAUUUGCGCCUGCGGUAGAGGCUCUGAUUUAUGGGUGGGGGUGGGUGGAGGAAGGCGGCUUUUCCCUCAGAGCUGUGGGGACGCUGAGAAAUGACGGUGGCCUGUCCCCGUGGGGCCGCACUGCCCCGGGCAGAGAAGGGAAGGUGCUCGCACUCUCCCUGCUCUGACCAGUGUUGAGCAGAGCCUGUAGGGUAAGUGUGUCCUUAGACGCUGGGUGCCCUCAGUUCCCAGAGACUUUAAAUGACUGGUUUUGAAAAGCUUUCACCAGUUGCCAGGGAGGUCUGCCGAGCGCCUCGUGCCUCCAUCCUCUGGGCUCUACCUUGAGGGCCUCGGGCCUCACAGAGUUCGAGUAGGGGUGAAAGCGGGCUCUAAAGGACAUCUCUGCCUGCAGGUUAGAGAGCGGGGGGGCACCCCUGGAUGCAGGAGAACUCAGGUUGGCACAGAAGUCCCAGUAGCAGGUCUUGCUGGCUCCAGGUGGCAGUUGUGGGGAACUGAAGAUGAGCUAGGUUAGCACAGAGGCUUGUUGAGACUCGGUAAGUGAGUGGGUGGGUGGGAGUCGGUGUGGGUAGGAAGAGGGUGCAGGAGCGGGAGGCCUCAGGGUGACUCGCAUCAGUGUUUGGCAGGUUUGCACCCAGGCCCGAUUCCACGUGUCUGACAAGUUAUCCUGGAGACAUCCUGCUGCUGGUCCUCUGUCCCCUGCUUGGGUAGCAAGGAUCUAGGGCUUCGUGUCCGGCAGCUGGUGAAUGAGGACAGGGUGGAAUUGUCAGCUUCCUCGUCUGUUUCCCUGCAGCGUGGGUAAAGGGCAGGGGUCGUGUCUUGUUCAUUGUCACAUCCUGAGUGUGUGGAACAAUGGACGACCCACAGCAGGUGUUGGAUGGAUAAAUAUUUGUUGAAUGGUUUAAUGACAAUCGAAAGAAAAUGCAGAAAGAGAAAAAGGAAUGUGGAAAAAGGUUAAAGAACUCUUCUCUUCCUUGGGAGUCGAAUGUAAUAUCUUGGAACUUGAUCAAGUUGACAAUGGGGCCAGCGUUCAGGAAGUGCUGUCGGAGAUCACUCAUCAGAACACCGUGCCCAACAUCUUUGUGAAUAAAGUGCACGUGGGUGGGUGCGACCGGACUUUCCAGGCACAUCAGAGCGGCUUACUGCAGAAGCUCCUUCAGGAAGACCCAGCCUACGACUACGACCUCAUUGUCAUUGGCGGUGGCUCUGGCGGCCUUGCGUGUGCGCAGGAAGCUGCCGUUCUGGGGAGGAAGGUUAUGGUGCUGGACUUCGUGGCCCCGUCACCGCAGGGCACGUCGUGGGGCCUUGGUGGGACUUGUGUGAAUGUCGGCUGUGUCCCGAAGAAGCUGAUGCACCAGGCCGCCCUCCUGGGACAGGCGCUGACCGACUCGAGGAGGUUUGGCUGGGAGUUCAGUCAACAAGUGAAGCACAACUGGGGGACCCUGACCGAGGCCGUGCAGACCCACGUCGGCUCCCUGAACUGGGGCUGCAGGCUGUCGCUGAGGGAGAAGGCUGUGGCCUACGUCAACGCCCACGGAGAGUUUGUGGAGCACCAUAAAGUCAAGGCGACCAAUGGAAAAGGACAGAAAACGUGUUAUACUGCUGCCAAAUUUGUCAUAGCAACAGGGGAGAGGCCGCGGUAUCUGGGAAUCCAAGGAGCUAAAGAAUACUGCAUAACGAGUGACGACCUCUUCUCCCUGCCCUACUGCCCGGGUGCCACCCUGGUGGUGGGCGCGUCCUACGUGGCCCUGGAGUGCGCCGGGUUCCUGGCCGGCCUGGGCCUGGAGGUCACGGUCAUGGUGCGCUCCGUCCUGCUGCGGGGCUUCGACCAGGAGAUGGCGGAGAGGCUGGGCUCCUCCCUGGAGCGGCUGGGCGUGCGCUUCCUGCGGAAGUUCGUGCCGGUGGCGGUGCUGCAGCUGCAGAAGGGCUCGCCGGGAAAGCUGAAGGUGGUGGCCAGGUCCACGGAGGGUCCGGAGACGGUGGAGGGCGUCUACAACACGGUUCUGCUGGCCAUCGGUCGUGACUCCUGUACGAAGGGAAUCGGGUUGGAGAAGAUUGGUGUCAAAAUCAAUGAGAAGAAUGGCAAAAUUCCCGUGAACGACAUGGAACAGACCAACGUGCCCUACGUUUACGCUGUCGGGGACGUCCUGGAGGGUAAGCCCCAGCUCACCCCCGUGGCCAUGCAGGCGGGCAAGCUGCUGGCUCGAAGACUUUUUGGCGGCUGUUUAGAAAAGUGCGACUACGUGAACGUUCCGACCGUGGUGUUCACGCCGCUGGAGUACGGCUGCUGUGGGCUCUCCGAGGAGAGGGCCGCCCAGGAGUAUCAGAGGGAGAAUCUGGAAGUCUACCACACUUUGUUCUGGCCGCUCGAGUGGACGGUGGCCUGCAGAGACAACAAUGCUUGUUACGCAAAGAUCAUCUGCAAUAAAUUCGACAACGAGCGGGUGGUCGGAUUUCACAUCCUUGGACCGAAUGCUGGUGAGAUCACCCAGGGAUUCGCGGCCGCGAUGAAAUGUGGGCUCACAAAACGGCUGCUGGAUGACACCGUUGGAAUCCACCCCACGUGCGCUGAGGUGUUCACGACCUUGGAGAUAACGAAGUCGUCGGGACUGGACAUCAUGCAGAAGGGCUGCUGAGGCUAAGCCGCCGCCCUCGGUCUCCUUGUCCUGCUCCCGCUGGCGGCUGGGCGGCCUGGUGGCCGGGCGCCCGGGGUGAUCGCGGGCAGGGAGACGGGUGGUGGGUCCCCCACAGAGCCCAGCUGACCGGAGGGCAGCCACACUGCCUCCUUGACGUCUCAGCUCGAAGCCCCUGCGGUGAGCCGAGGCCGACCUCUUCUCCGUCAGCUUGCCCGGAAGACCUGGCCCCCGCGGGACUCUUCCCACUGACGUUCCAGGUUCCUAGUGUUUAUCCUCUUGCUCCGUUGGUUCUGUGGGAAAUUGUCUCAGUCAGGAGCAGACAGUAAAGCGGGCAUCCUCACCGUCGGGGCCUGGACGCCCCCCAACAGGGGCUGCGGGGUGGUGGGUGCGCUGGGCACACUGGCUGCCGUGCGGGCGCUGACUCCUCCCGGCUUGCGUCUCCCCCUCAGACCCCGCCUCCCGCUCACCUGGUUGCCGUGGUGACACAGCCCUGGACUGAGCAGGAUAUCCCACAUCAGAGACAGAUGCUUGAAUUUCUGCUCAUGUUGAUCUCAAGAGGAACAUUAAACAGUUUUCAAUACAGUAUUAUGUGAAAUCUAAAUUCGGACUAUUUAAAACAAUUCAGUUCACAACUGAUUUACUUACGAUCAGGUUCAGUAAAUGACCAGGUGAUGUUGGGAAUUCCGUUUAAAUUCGCAUACCUGUUAGCAUCUGCAAGGCCUUUGAGGUGGGAGGCCUGCCUGGGAUCCCUUUGGGAAGCCCAUUUCCAUGAGGAGCAGACCUCACAGCAUCGAGUUGAGGCUUCUGGACGGUAAUGCUCCCCUGAGCCCACGCCGCCCACUAGCCCCCGGCUCUGUGGUCAGAAUUUCUUGGCAUACAUUUUAAACGAGCACGGAGGCCAGUAAACAGCUAGGGAGCUCCCUCUGUGGGCGGGAUGUUUCGCUGCCCUUGUGGGGACAGGCAGAGGAACCGGCAGAGUGGGGUCAGACGCCCAAAAUAACGGACGCAGAAUCUGGUUCCUGGGUCGCCUUUUGUUGGGGAGGGAAGAGCUCAGGGUGCAGUCGCUGUGGAACUGAGGACGUGGUGACUCCCGGGAUGUGGGCGGCGGGGAGGUAAUGGAGCAGAGUUAACGGAAGCGGCUGUAUUUGGGCUAAAUCGUGAGGGAUGAAUAGGAUUUUAAAGAUUAGAAGCAACGUGGAGACGGCUCUGGGGGAUGCUUUCAACACUUCAACAGAAAUACAAGAUAAAAUCAUUUUUUUA